AUGUCUAAUGUGCAGAAAGCGAAGACUCCACUAUGGUGGAGCCGGAAGAGCUACCUGCGCGCAGACAGACUUUAUUCAGCGUAUUCUGUCGGCUUGCUCUCUCUCGUGGCAAAUGCCUCGAUAGCGUCGAGCCUGAACAGACUUGAUGAACAAGCAAACCAGAUUCAAGAUGAUCAGGCACUGUGCAGGGGACCAUUUCAUGUGUUUCAGUACAGGGAAGCGUCAACAUUCAUCCUACCCAACACACCAACAGAUCUAUUGGAUUUAGGGGAUAUGGGAUGUUACAGUGCAGGGGAUCCAGUUCGACGUAUCGAAAUUGAAGAGCUUCUCGCACUUGACCAUACCCUAUUCCCGGGCAUAUCACCGGGCCUCGCUUCUAGAGCACCUACCCCUAUUGCGUUUCCGUGUUGGCAGAAAUCACCACCUGACCUAGCCGACUUCAGUUUGUCACUCGCGAAGGAAUUGCUCGAUCACUACUGGCAAACUAUGAUCGCGUUCUUCACCCUUGCACGAGUUAGGUCAUCCUCUCCUUGGGAAACGAUCCAUAUUCCUAGUCUAUUCACUACAAUGGGAGAAAUUGAACUAUCAGGGAACUCUACCAAUGCAAAAGUAUCCCUAGUCUUUGCAAUCUUAGCAAUCAACGCUUUCAGUCUCGAUGGUCGGUUUGGUUCUACCAGACCAGCUACCAAAAAUUGGCAUGCGCUGGGUGAGCUCUAUCGUAGUAGGGCUACGAAGCGACUGAAGUGUUCGCUGCAAAACUUGUCCUCGGGGCGAUCAAAAACGGAAAAGUACGAAGAUAUUCUCAUGGCAUUGCUUAGUAUGGUCACUAUUUGUGUGGUGAGUGGAAAGAUGAGAAACUCGGCACACUACCUACGGGACAUUGAGGGGAUCACUAAAUUAUAUGGGCUACAAAAGGCUACCCAUUCAAUCAAAGUGCGCCUGCUUCACGGUAUUUAUCUCUAUCUUCGCGUAUUAACAGAGCGCGCUUUGCUGAGAUACUCUUCAUCCCGCCCGUCUCUCAGGUGGAACCAGCUACUCGGUCUUUCUUCUCCUUUGCCUGACUCUCAUGCCCCACGGCCUGGCCUCAUAUCUGGUCAACAACCUGGGGAGUCUGCUUUGGAACAAAUCUACUCCAUCCCGCAAUCACUGUUUGAGCUGAUCUUUCAAACAACGCAGAUGGCCGGCGAGAUGCAAAAUUCACAAAACAGCGGUAGGGAACAGGUUAAUUACUAUGACUUGUUCCCGGUCAAGGUUAAGGAGCUGGAAAACAGGGUUUGUGGCUGGGAGCAUCAGGCUCACGAUGGCCCUUUUCGCCCUUCUUGCUCAACAGUUGGACCCCAAAGAGAGCGCUUCCCAUAUCAUCUUGUUCAGGCAGUUUACAAGGCCUUGAUUAUAUACUUCUACCGAUGUGUAAGGAAUGUCCAUGCCGCGACCCUACAGCCAUACGUCCAGCAGAUAAUUCAGCAUCCUCAUGAGAACGACAAACAGAAGGAAAUUUUGAGUGAUCGGUCCUCCAAUACAUGCUGGUCGGGAUUUGUUGCCGGGUGCGAAGCCCUCGACCCCGAUCUCAGGGCGAAGUAUGCAAAAUGGCUGGAACAGUCUAGCCAGUCAACUGGAAUUCAAAUGUUUUCGGUUGCCCUUGGAGCUGCUCAGAAGGUCUGGCACGCCCAAAGCCUCCCUGGUAUGCAGAAUGUUCCGUGGACUCGGGUCCUGAGAAGGUCGCUAUCAUAG